GAGUUUUUCCUGUGUGGGGGUGAAGACUGUGCAUGCUUCCCGCCCCCUUUCCUUUAAGAUCAACAAAGUUUCCCCCUCCUCUUCCGUGUUUGUUUGUUUGCUGGAGGUGAGGGAAGGCUGUGCCAGCCAGUGUUUCACUUAACAGCAGGAGCACCUUUUAAGAUUAACCAAAUUUCCACCACCCCCUCUUCAGUGAGUGUUCUGGUGUGAUGAGAGACUGUAAACAUGGAUGGUCUCUCCUCCUCAUAGACCCGCUAGGAACUGAGGUAUGAAGUAUGCCGGAACUGACGUUUCUCUCAGCGACGACCGGAGAGCAAUUCCUGCAUUGAGAAAAGCACGCGAUUGGCGUUGAAGGGAAGUGGAGUGGCGAGCAUGGCUCCGAGUGGGCAGGGGGGAACCAGCGGAGGAUCUUCCACAGCGGUGACUCCCGAAGGACUGCGAGGCUGGGUCCGGGGGGCCUAUCGCUUCGCCACUGAUCGCAACGACUUCCGUAGGAACCUCAUAGUUAACCUGGGUCUCUUUGCUGUGGGAGUUUGGGUAUCCAGAAACUUAACAGAUAUUGAUCUGGUGACACCCCAGUCCAUUGCAUAGCAGAGAAGAUGAAAAGAAAGUAGACCAGCAUCAAGUCUGAGGAUUUUCCUUCUUGCUGUAUGACUACAUGAGCUGUGAUGUUAGCUUCCAUGUGGUGCCUGUUCUAAAGAAUCUGAAGUAACAGCAGCACUAGAAGUCUAAUUCGAAUAAGGAGGAUUGGAAAAAGUCACUGUAACAACAUUGUAUAAACUUAUUUUCGGAAAAUUAAGUUUGUGUGCUUGGAAACAAUAGCUGACUCCAAUUGCAGCCUAGCACCAUGUUGUAUUUUGCCAAAAGCUAGUUUAUUUAAACCAUGUUAACUUUUGCGGAUGAAACUGAUUUAUGUACUAAGAAUUUUGAAUUGAUGUAUUAAAUAAAGAUAUGCCAGUGCAUUGAA